CGAGGCGGGAUGCGGCAGAGGAGGCCGAGGGUGCUCGCCCCGGCGGCGGGGGGUUCCCGGCGGAGGAGAGGUACCGGAGACAUCCCCGCUUCCACCAGCCUGCCGCCGCUUGUGGAGGGCCCGCUGCGCUGCUUCCUUCGCUGCACCGUCUCCCGAGUUGUAUGGACGGCCCCUAAGCCGUUCGCCGCCCCCUUCGUCCGCCUGAGGUGGUGGGGGGAGACCUCCGACGGUACCGUCUUCCAGCCCGCCUCCCGGCCCGGGCAGCCGGCGGGGAGAACCACCGCCCGCUACGCUGUCCGCUGCGGGCCCAGGCAGUUCGCUGCCUACCUGACAGAUAUGGGUGUGCUUGUCCUGGAGGUAAUGACCAAACUUGACCAUCUUCCAAUUGGCAGAGUGCAAAUCACUGAACUGUCCCAGCUCUCUCCCAGCCAUCCGAUCAAUGGGUUUUUCACCAUAGUUUCACCAACAUCUGAUAAACUAGGACAGCUGCAGGUCUCACUAGUUCUAGAACCUCUGCCAGAAUUGUAUGACACCAGCAGCUCUGUCCCAACCACAGAUGCAAGUUUAGAUGUCUCUCCUGCUCAGGGAAGCAGCAAGCCCCAGGUUCUUGCUCCAUCACAGCAGCCCAGGCAAACGCGGGUGACUAUUGCUGGCCAAGAGUCCGUUAACAAUAGCAGAGCCACAACUCCCAGAGGAAAGGACCAUUUGCUCUUCCAAGAGAACUCUGAAAACAUAAAGGACACUUUUUCUGCUUCUCAUCACCAUCUGAUUUUACCAGAUGACUGUCUGAAAGUGAAUCCUUCAAAUUGGCAAGUGUCAUUUCCCACCAGCACUGAUCCUGAAGCACCUGCUAGAACAAACACGCAGGUGCUCUCUUUGCAUAAUCCAGCUACAAAAGACCUGCUUUCAGCUCUUUUGGAUCAAGGCAAUAAACUCCGUGAUGCCAUGGUUGUUUCUGCAAUGAAAUCUAGCCCGGACAUGGAGAUUGAACUGAAUGAAGUGCCUGCUUUUAUAGAGAGGGACAACUUCAAACCACCAGCAAAGAGCCCAAAAGGCUUGAAGUCAAAUUUUGUGCCCACUCCUGAAGAUUCCCAUCUCUUCACAUCUGAAGUUUCAGGUCAGCAGUUUGACCUAAACUCUGAAGAGAGAGCAAUACACUUACUAUUGGGCAGUGCUGAUUUAUCUCCUGUGCAUUUCUGGGAUCGGUCAGGUUCAAUUUUGGAUUCUCUGUCUCUCAGGAGUGAGGUGUAUGACAGUGAACUUAAUGAUCCGCAUUAUGACCAGAGUCUGCUAGAGAGUCUUUUUUACACAGCUCCUAAAUAUGAUUCCAGUUUAAGUGAUUUCCUCAGUGAUGAUGAUGUUAACUCCUCCAAAAAAGUAACCAAGACAGAAACUCUCAAGAAAGCUGAUCCAAUGAAUCCACAGAAGGAUUCUAAUGCCUUUGAUGAGGGUCAGAAGGUGACAGAAAUUAAACCCAGCCGCUCUCCUACUAGGCCACUGGUUCCUCCAGAAGAUCACACAGAAGAAGCUCAUGUCACAUGCUUCAGUGCAGACAGGUUGGCAUUGCUGGAGCGAAUACACCUAGCCAGAGUCAUCAUUGAAAGCUUGAAAAUCCCUCUUGAGAGCAUCCAGAUUACACCAAGAAAGAAAGGUUUCAUGGGGAAGCCUCCAAGGCCUGUAUCAGUUAAUAAGUGUACCUUCUUUGUUGAGUACCACUUUCCUGUGGGAGCCUCCAAGGAUGAAAAAAGACAGGUCUCCAUAAAAACAGAAGUAAUUCGAAUAGCUUCAAGUAAAAUCAGAGAUGAUGCUGUGAAAUUUCAGCAGCGGUUUGUGUUCCCUGUCCGUUUUGGUGGAACAAUGAUAGAGCACUGGUGGAGCUCUGACCUUGCUUUUAAAAUCUACAUGAGAAAAAGCACACAGAAAAAGCCAGUGGCUGUUGGCUCGGCAGCACUUCAGUUACGCAAGGUUAUCCAGUCUGAGUUGCUCGCUGUAAGCUGUGAAAUACCUGUGGAAAAAGAGAGAGAUCAGACACAAGUUGGACCACUAAAGGUAUCCUUAGAGCUUGCAGCUGACAACAAAGACUUCACCUGCACCGCUGCCAGGUCAGCUAUGGCUGUGCAGCAGGUCCCAGCUCAUGCUGUAAUAAGUCCGCGUCUGGAAUUCCAGGAGCCCAACAGGAAGAGUAUAAAUGCAGAAAGCCCUCGCUGCUUGAAACUUAACAACUGUGAGGACUCACAGAAUACAGGAGCAGCCAGCAUAAACGUCAUGCAGCCAUCGCAGGCUGUACCAACCUCUGUAGCCCGUAAUCUGAUGACACAAAUAACUGCAUCUGAAGAGGAUGGGUUGUUACUGCAUGUGCUGUUGAUGGUGCCUGAUGGAAAGGAUUUUGGUGCUGAAGACUAUGGACUCCACAGUUCUUGUAAUGUGUAUUUAAACUGCAAGCUCCUCAGCUCUGAGGAGGCAACAAGAUCUGCUGUCAUAUGGGGCACAACACAACCUGCCUUUAAUUUUUCUCAGGUGAUGCCUUUUUCAUUGACUUCCAAACACCUGGAGCGGCUGAAGAACAAUGUCAUGAUUAUUGAAGCAUGGAACAAGAUGGGAAGUCCUCGGUGUGACAGACUGCUAGGAUUAGUGAAACUUCCUCUGCAUCAGUUUUACAUCUCAUUCAAAGAUCCAAAGAUUUACCACCUGCUUCUUCAAGCUCAGUAUCCAGUGAUUGCUGUGGACAGCUAUAUGCCUGUGAUAGAUGUUUUUACUGGCAGUAGAAGUGGAAGCCUGAGGGUCAUUCUGGCAAUGGGGUCAGCUGAUCAAAUAGUGGCACUGCAAAGGCUAAAAAAUGAAGAAGGCAUGGUACCUCCUGUCACACAGCGCCCUUCCCACUCUCUGGACCCUCCUCCUACAAAGCCCACAAUGCAGUUAGACCAAGAAGGGGAAGGCCUGAUGGAACAUGUGUUUGAGAUCCAUGUGGAGAGUGUGAAAGGGCUCACUCCCUUACAAUCCACUGUCUGGGGAGAGGCUGACUGCUAUGUACAGUACUAUUUCCCAGUUCAAGAGUCUGGUUGUGGUGCACUGCAAGGAAAUGAAUUGCAUGAAGAUGGCAUCAAAUUAAAGGCGUUUCGCACAGCAACCACUUUGUGCGUCCCCGAUCCCGUCUUUAAUGAUGAGCAUCAUCAUUCUUUGUUGGUUCCUGCUGAUGUCCCAGUCCAGAGGCUCCUGGUCAGUGCAUUUAUGGCACCAGGAGCGGCUGGAGGAGGAAUCCAGUUUGAAGUCUGGUGCAGGUAUUAUUACCCAAAUGUCAGAGACCAAAUGGUUGCCAAAGGGACCUUGCCUUUGUCACGGCUAUGUGCCAUGGUGACUAUGCAGCAUCGUGAAGAGAUAGGGUUACAGACUUUUAAUCUUCCAUUGGUCCGUAGGACUGAUUCCUCAGUGGAAUUUCAUCUGCAGUCUUCAGGCUUGCUUGAUGUGAGUGUGAGAUACCAACGAUCCAUGAAAACAGCAGCAGGAAUAACUGCUCAAGCUGUUUCUCUUUCUGUACAAAUACACAGAGCAGCUGGUUUGCAAGCAGCAGCUAGAGCUGUGGCACAAAAGAACCCUUCGGUCCAGUACUAUGCAGGUGUGGGAGUUAAUGCUUACGUCUCUGUGCACCUCUCCUUCCUACCUGAGGCAGAGAGACGCAGCACACGAGCUGUGGCUUGUACUUUCUGCCCAGAGUUCGAGCAUCACAUAGAGUUUCCUUGUAACCUCAUCAUUCAGAAAAGUAGUGGAGAAGCCACUUGUCUGGGGGAACUCUUGCAGUCUGCCAGUAUCGUCUUCUCUAUCUACCAUCAGAGCACCAAGUCAGCCACUGACACAUUGGCAGCUCGAACAUCAAGAGAUUAUCUUCUUGGGACAGUCACAAUUCCAACCAGAGACCUCCUGAGAAGAAGAUCAGGUAUUACAGGCUGGUACCCAGUUACCCUAUCUGAAGAUUUAAUGCCUUCACAUUGCACAAACAUCAUGCAGGCCAUUGUGGGAGGACUGGAACUUUCUGUUACCUUUGCUCAUCAGGAUGACAGAGAGCGUGUUUUGGAGGCCGCUAAGCUUUUAGGAUGGAACAGUGAGGAGAGCUGUGAAGACAGCAUGGAUGAUAGCGACGAAUGGGAGCAGAGUGCCAAUCCAGUGACUGUGACCAUCUCAACUCCAAGAGUAUGGCUGCCAGUUGACUGUGUGCUGCUUGCAGGCCAGACACACCUGAAUAAAAGCACUUAUUGCUACCUCAGGUAUAAGCUAUAUAAUCAGGAAGCCACAUGGACUUUGCUUCGGAGGCCAAAAUUGAGUGACGACACAAAGAACGUUACAGUGAACUUUAAGAAACCAAACAAGGUGACUCUCAGAAGGAGUCAAGGACUGCUUUGGUUCUUCAGAGAGGAGAAAUUAGAAAUACAGGUGUGGUGGGCAUAUGGUAAAGAAAAUGAUGUGGAAAGACCACUUGAUACAGAUCGUCUUAUUGGAUCUGCCUAUGUUGACCUCGCAGCAUUAGCAGAGAGGUCAAGGACAACACUAAGUGUUAGUGGGGUUUACCCGUUGUUCAGAUGCAAUGCUGCAAAUCUGGCAGGAGCUGCUAUACGUGUUCACAUCGUCCUUUCUUCCACUUCUGCUGCUCUGCCCAGCAGACUUCACUGUGCUGAGGAAUACAGCAACAGUGAAGACGAAGGCACAGAGAAAGCCCCUGAUCUGAGCCAACAGGUCUCUGAAAAUCAGAGUCAGAAACUGGAUAUCAUAAGUUCGGAUAUCACCAAUGGCAAGUCACAAGAAGACGAUGUGAUAUUUCUGGAAAACACAGUUGCUGUCAAUAUCCUUGUGGAAAGAGCAAUGCAUCUAAGUUUAAAAGGGAGUCCUUUGACAGAACGUGAAGUAACAGCACCCAGUAGCUGUGUAUCAUUUGCUGUUGCUGGUGCAGAUGCUCCAAUAACCACUUCAGUAAUAGAAAAUACAGACUCACCAGUCUGGGACUUUCAGCAACAAGCAAGAUUAUCCAAAGAGCUUCUGCUGGAUCCACAGCAAACCUUGGUCUUCAAAGUGUGGCAUAAAGCAGAGACUGAGCGAGUGAUAGGAUUUGCAUCAGUGGACCUUUCUCCUCUUCUUUCUGGCUUCCAGCUCGUGUGCGGGUGGUACAAUAUUACGGACUUCAGUGGACAGUGCCGAGGGCAGAUCAAAGUAGCAAUUUCCCCUCUUCAAAACAUAAAUAAUCUCAAAGAAGAAAGGCAGGCAAGAAUCCGGACCCAGCCACCAAGUUCUUCAGUGAAGGUCAGCUUUCCAACAUUUCCUAGUUAUGCUACAAGCUUUUCCAAGCAGACAUUGAAUACCUUGUCAAAAGAAGUCAGUGUUCCUACUCGAGAGCAGCCUGUUUCUAGCAGAAUUAAUCGCCCUGGAACACACACACCUCGUCACGAAGAGCAUAUGCAGAAUGUGCGCAGAUUUCACGAAUCACUGCAGCAAGCAGAAGGCAACGCACACCGGGCGGCAAAGAUGGACUCAUUAUCGCUGUCAUCGCGUGCUUCUCUUCUAACUGCUCUCAGUUAUGGUAACGCAUCCAAACCAAGUCGUGAGGAGCGGGAGAGUGAUCAUCGGGGCUCGAUGAGCAGAGAAGAGGAUCCCAAUGGAUGCCAUCUUUUGGAAAAAUCUAGUCAAUUGGUGUGUCAGGUCAGCAGCCUAAUCAAUGACUUACAGACUAUAACUAAAAAUAGUAAAGAAUCUUCUAAUGUGCAUCAAGACAGCAGCAGAAAGCUGGGUGCUACGUAUGCACCCAGCCAGAAGGAUGAAGAAGCCAGACCUGAAGUAUGUCAAGGCCAACUUGAGUUGGACUCACCCAGCGUUUGCAGUGAUACGCAGCAGCCAUGCUCUUUUGGGAGAUCUGUGUUUGAGAGACACAUGUUGCAUGAAUUUCUAGACCAGGCCGUCCCUGAAGAUGAGCAUCCUUUGCCAAUGGACUACAUCCAGGAAGAUGAAGGUGCUUUUGCCGUCCAGCCACACAGUGAAGAAGAAUAUGAAGAAGACGUUAUAGAACCACGAACUCUUAACGAAAUAACAACCAUAACAGACAAAACUAGUCCCUGGUCCAGUGUGCUAUCUGAAGUGGAGCAGGCUGCUGACCAGCAGCCCAUAGACUUGGGGCCUGAAGAUCAGCGCUUGGUGGAUAUAGAUUGUUUCCAAACAGGAAACAGCAGACGGAGCAGCACCUUCUCUGGCAUACUACAAGGUGACAACCAAAGCACGCUCACCGCCCUCAGCCCGUGCGUUAGCCUCCAGGCUUGGGCAGUAACAGAAGGCUUUCAAAGCUUGAGUAGUGGCACAGAAACAACGGAUAAAGAGCUGUUUCAGCCUACUAAUUUGUCAGAAGUGCAUCGAACAGCCAAUGGCCAUGUAGAAAAUGGAAAUUGUGAUUGGGACAGAGCAUUUAACACUAAACCUGUAGAGCAAAAUUUAGAGUUUCAUGCAGUCUCCAAAGAACUACUGGAAUUUCCACCAGAUGUUGGUUUAACCAAUGCAAAAAACACAGAAAGAGAGAAGGAGGAAAACAGUGAGGUUGUAGGUGAAGAUUGUCAAGAUGAGGAAGAAAGUGGUUCCGAUGAGAUCUGUGUUAAGAGUGUAUCAGCCCAAGCAGGCUCGGAAGGAAACAGUGAAAGCUUUUCUGAUGACAGUAGUGAAGACCCACUGGAAGAGUUAGAAAAGCCUGCCAAACCAAAAAUUGUUUUGUAUCCUUCUUUUCUCUUUUCUUAA